AUGGCCAUGCGCCCGAGCAAGGAUCCCGCAACGAUGCGGGUUGGAGUGAAUCUGGGAUCUGCGGAAGAGGAGGAAAAAGCGGCCAAGGUUGCCGUCACCAUGCACGAGACCAUGGUGCGGACCUUGAACCUGGUGAGACUUGUGAUUCUCGGCUCGCCGGUGGUUGUCCAGAGCAUCUUUAUCCACUCCGUCGACCUUCCCAGUUGGCUGAUGCGGCUCUUCGCCAUCUAUGCAGUGGUUGGUGUAGUCGGCGCUUUGGUCGCUCCGGAACAGGCGUUCUAUGCAUUUGGUUUGAAGGAGUUCCGAUGGGCCUUCCUUCGGCUGUAUCCUGAGGCUGCUUCUUGGAAUGGAAAUCACCUUCCCGACAGCGACGCUUGCAUUUCGAAAUCUCUGUUGGGAGGUGCAGACGUCCUGGGAGAACUGGCCGGUGUAAGCGUGCGGCUGAAGUGGAGCACUGUUGACAAGUUCCUGACGUUGGAUUCUGCUGGCUGGGCAGUUCCUGGUCCAGAGACUCUGGCUGCAGAUCUGACGCUUCAGCCUGUGUACAUCAAGGGACAGCAGCUACCCGACACAUACACACUUCAGCUGCGCAUUCCGAGCUCAAAGUGGGAUGACCACUGGCUUGCAUGCACGCCAGUGAGCCAUUUGCGUGUGGGAGGCUGGCUUCGCGCAUACCGCUCGCAGCAGGAUGCAUCCACCUUCAAGCUGAUACAAGACAGCUCCUGCCCUGUAGGGACCUGCAAGAUCUUGAGCACUUGGUCGACCCCACCCCAGCAGGAGCCGAUCUUCACCACCAAGGAUGGAGGCUGCAUGCCAGCUGGGUUUUACCUAGUUGACCAAUGCCAUGGCGGUCGCAGCUAUGUCGGUCAAGCUCCAGAUGCAGAGGCCUCCCAUUUCGAGUUGAUUUUGGCGUCGGAGUGA